GCCUUCUUUCUCUUACAACCGAAUUCUGAGCUCAGAUAAAAUAUUUCCGCCAAACAUCUCCCCUCAGCACACCGAAAUCCCCCUCUCCGACAUGCCCAUCAAUGGCGGUUCUCUAGGGUUUUAAGGGUUUUCUUGCGCUGUCUAUACCUCUCCGAUGGAAAUGUCAGGUAAGCGAUCCAACUACACUCUGCUGAGCCAGUUCCCCGACGACCAGUACGCCGGCAGCGGAGCUCCGUUAUCGUGCUCCGAGCCCCUGUCCAACGAGGGCAAAGCCCAAAGGGGGAAGCUGGAGAGAGGCUUCGACUGGGACUCCAGCGGCGGAGGCGGCGAUCACAGGGCGUCAAGCCGGAUCGGGACCCCGUACGCUCCGAUCGCCCUGCAGAGGGAAUCCAGCGGGAGCAGCUUCGGGGAGAGCUCCCCCUCCGGGGAGUACUACGCCCCGACCCUGUCCACGGCUGCAGGGAACGAGAUUGAUACCACGUUUGGAUACGGACACGACGAUGUGUACAGGAUCGGCGGCGGCGAGAUGAGGCUGAAGUCGGCGGAGGCCGCCGGGGGAUCGUCGUCCGGGAAGAGCUGGGCGCAGCAGACGGAGGAGAGUUAUCAGCUGCAGCUGGCGUUAGCUCUGAGGCUCUCUUCCGAAGCUACUUGCGCGGAUGAUCCGAACUUUCUGGAUCCUGUCCCUGACGAGUCCGCCUUGAGGUCGUCUUCCUGUUCCAGCUCCUCUGAGGCUAUGUCUCAUCGAUUCUGGGUAAAUGGCUGCCUGUCAUAUUCUGAUAGACUUCCUGAUGGGUUUUACCUAAUCAGUGGCAUGGAUCCUUAUGUUUGGGCAAUUUGUAGUGAUUCUCAUGAGAAUGGCCGCAUUCCAUCAAUUGAACUACUGAAGUCUAUUGAUCCUUCCUCUGAUUCUUCAAUUGAAGUGGUUAUGGUCGACCGGCGCACUGACCCAAGCUUGAAAGAUUUCCUGCAUAGAGUCCUCAGCAUUUCGUCUAGCUGCAUUACUACAAAUGAGAUUGUGGAUCAACUUUCUAAGCUUGUUUGCAAUCUCAUGGGUGGUUUGGCCUCUAGCGGAGAAGACAACUUAGUUUCCAUGUGGAGGGAGUGCCGUGAUGAUCUAAAAGAAUGCAUGGGAUCUGUUGUCAUGCCAAUAGGUAGCUUAUCAGUUGGUCUCUGCAAUCAUCGUGCUUUACUAUUCAAAGUUCUUGCUGACACGAUUGACUUACCUUGUCGAAUUGCUAAGGGCUGUAAAUAUUGUACAAGAAAUGAUGCUUCCUCUUGCCUUGUCCGUUUUGGACUUGAUAGGGAGUACCUCAUUGAUUUGGUUGGGAAGCCAGGUCAUUUAUGUGAGCCUAAUUCCUUGCUCAAUGGUCCAUCGUCCAUCUCGAUAUCUUCACCGUUACGCUUUCCACGACUCAAAUCUAGUGAACCUAUAAUUGAUUUCAGGUCACUGGCCAAACAAUAUUUCUCGGAUUCUCAGACACUUGAUAUUGUUUUUGAUGACUCAUCGGCAGGCCCAGUGUACUCUAAGCCAGUUGAUGUGAGGUACACUGAAAGGAGCAGCAUCUUGAACAACAAUGUAAAGAUUGCUGAGUCAAGUGCUCAGGAAGCUGAUUCCCAAUUUUUCAAAUCAUCCGAGCCUUCCCAGAAUAUUAUGCAUUCAGCAAAUGUUAUUGGAGAUCCACGACACCAAAAGCAUAUUAUCUCCACUGGGCAUAGAGACGCCCGACCAGUAAUAGGCUCAACCGAUCCUGGGCUGGAUGCUUCUGGAGAUUCAAGAUUUGGUGAGGGAAGUAUUCAGAUGAAGAAAGAGCUUUGCCUUGACAUAGAGGAUCUGAAAAUUCCAUGGAAUGAUCUCGUUCUAAAAGAGAGGAUUGGGGCAGGUUCUUUUGGAACUGUUCAUCGAGCUGAUUGGCAUGGCUCGGAUGUCGCGGUCAAGAUUCUUAUGGAGCAAGAUUUUCAUGCAGAGCGUGUUAAAGAGUUCCUGAGGGAGGUUGCGAUAAUGAAAAGAUUGCGGCAUCCAAACAUAGUUCUUUUUAUGGGUGCUGUUACAGAACCCCCUAAUCUGUCCAUAGUCACAGAGUAUCUAUCAAGGGGAAGCUUGUAUAAACUAUUGCAUAAAUCUGGUCCGAGAGAAAUGCUGGACGAGAGGCGUAGAUUGAGCAUGGCUUAUGAUGUGGCAAAAGGAAUGAAUUAUCUUCAUAAGCGCAAUCCUCCCAUUGUUCAUCGAGACUUAAAAUCUCCAAAUCUUUUGGUUGAUAAAAAAUACACAGUCAAGGUCUGUGACUUUGGCCUUUCGCGUUUAAAGGCGAGGACAUUUCUCUCAUCGAAGUCAGCUGCAGGGACUCCUGAGUGGAUGGCACCAGAAGUUCUUCGUGAUGAGCCAUCAAAUGAAAAGGCGGACAUCUAUAGCUUCGGUGUGAUACUGUGGGAGAUUGCGACAUUGCAACAACCAUGGAGUAAUUUAAAUCCGGCCCAGGUUGUAGCAGCUGUUGGAUUCAAAGAUAGAAGGCUUGAGAUUCCACGCGAUUUAAACCCUCAAGUGGCUUCUCUGAUUGAAGCUUGCUGGGAGAGAGAACCGUGGAAGCGUCCAUCUUUUUCUAUUAUCAUGGAAGCUUUGAGACCAUUGAUCAAACCUCCAGUACCUCAACGAAGCCGUGCAGACAUGCCGUUAAUCACCUGAACUACUCAACAGUCGAGAUACCCAUGCAAUUAUUCGACAUUCUUUUUGGAAAUAACAUUUUCUGGCAAGGAACAAAGUUCUCGUGGAGCCUCUCUGAGUUUCUCAAUUCUGCUUCUGACGAUGAUGUUUUUGGCCUUGGACAUGGAACUUGCCUUUCAAUAAAACAGUAAUAGCUGGAUGUUAUUGGUAGAGAGCCGCAUAUAAUCAACGUUUCAUUUGCCGGUUUACUGCAGAAACUCUCCUGUAAAUUCCGGUUUUAACACGAAGAAGCAGCAGUCGCCGACACCAACCUCAUCAAUAUUCUUGAUGUUUCUAGCUAAUAUUGUUUUGGCUCAGGUCCAUUUUGUAACAUCAUCGUCUCAGUUCUGUGGAAAGUUGUAUAUGAAUGCUUCAAGUUGUCCAAUUGAAAGUUUUGUCAUGUAAAAAGGGGGCUUGUAAUUGUAACUAUGAAGAAUUUGAUUUUAAUGAGAAGUAGAAUUCGCUGGCGACUCUUACGACUGAGCCUCUGAAGCGCUCUUUCGAAUUAAA